UAUCUUGGCUAACUAGAGACACAGAGAGAGAGAAAGAGAAAGUUCACCAUGGGAGAUCCAAACCAGCUGAAGAAUAAUAUCAAAGUUCUAAUAUUUCCAUGGUUGGCUCAUGGUCACAUAACUCCAUUGCUAGAGCUUGCCAAGAAGCUCACUCAAAGAAAUUUCCACAUCUAUUUUUGUUCGACCCCUGUAAAUCUCGAUUCCAUCAAGCCCAAAAUUGUUUCUGAUCCAAAGUUUUCCAAUUCUAUACAACUAGUAGAGCUUCAUCUUCCAUCACUACCUGAGCUUCCACCUCAUCACCACACAACCAAAGGCCUCCCACCGCAUCUCUUGCCCACACUCCAUAGAGCUUUGAGGAUGACAGAGCCAAACUUAGCCAAUAUCCUCGACACACUCAAACCAGAUUUUGCCAUUCAUGAUAUUUUUCCUGGAUUUGUACCCGAUUUAACUUCUUCUCUGAAUAUUCCAUCCUUUGUCUUUAUCAAUACAGGAGCAAACUUUAUCUCUUGUUUGAUUCAUCGCGGAAAGAAAAAACAAGAUCAUGAAUAUCCAUAUCCACAAAUCUUCCCAGAUGAUAUGGAUACCAAGAUUUCCACAAUGCUUGAAAUUACUUCAGCUAACUAUGAAGCUAUUUCUCAAUACUACGACAGGUGUGGUAAUAUCGUUUUGAUAAAGUCUUUCGAAGAGCUUGAAGGCAAAUACAUAGAUUAUCUCUCUGCUCUUUUAGGCAAGAAGAUUGUCAUGACCGGUAUUCUUGUUCCGGACCCCAGCAGUGAUGAUGAAGAAGGCAUGGACAUUAUCAACUGGCUCGACAAGAAAGAGAAGGCGUCGACCGUGUUUGUGUCGUUUGGAAGUGAGUGUUAUCUCUCCAAGGAAGAUUUGGAGGAGGUGGCUCAUGGAUUGGAGCUUAGCAAGGUGAAUUUCAUUUGGGUUAUUAGGUUUCCAGAGGGAGAGAAAUUGAAGCUUGAAGAUGCACUUCCAAAUGGGUUCUUGGGAAAGGUGAAAGAAAAGGGUUUGGUUGUUGAGAAUUGGGCACCACAAAUGAAGAUUCUAAAACAUUCAAGCAUUGGUGGGUUUGUGAGUCAUUGUGGAUGGGGUUCACUGACUGAGAGCAUAAAAUUUGGUGUUCCAGUUAUAGCAACUCCAAUACAGUAUGAACAACCAUGGAAUGCUAGAUUAAUAGAGGAGUGUGGGAUUGGUUUGGAGGUUGAGAGGAACAGCAAGGGUGGUCUUCCAAGGGAAAAUAUAGCAAAAAUUAUCAAACAGGUAGUGAUUGAAAAAACAGGGGAGGAUAUUCGAAGGAAAGCGAAAGUGAUGAGUGACAACGUUAAAAGAAAAGGUGACCGAGAGAUUGAUGAGGUUGUGAAAGAACUUUUACAGAUUUUAUGAAUUAAAAUGUAACUUACUUGAUAUGUAACUUUAUAUUUUGAG